CAAAAAGAACAGUACAACAUCAGUCACACACAGCAAAUCAAAGCAUUUGUAUUACGAAUGUUAAUGUGCCACCUAAACAACAACGAACACUUUGGACAAACCGUGAAAAAACUCCAGCAGAAACUGCAACUAUCCGUAUCGCAUUAGUAACUUUGCCACAUGAACAACCGAAAGCAAUUUUGAUGAACAGCGGAAAAGUACCAACAKCWUAUACAAGCUGCAGAAUUUCAAAUGUAAAUUUGCCUCAUUUACMACAACAAACACUUCUAGCAAACAGUGAAAAAACAGCCUUUUCAAAUACAAACGUUUGCACGGGAAUUGUGUCACAAGGGCAACAACAAGMAGGUCUAACCAAACGUGAGAAAACUCUACUUGAAACAAGGAACAGUACCGAUGCYAAUAUUUCUCAARUAACUGAACUUUCACGACGUCCARUGAACCAUAGAAAAACACCACUGAACACUAAUUAUGAUGAUACAAAUGCACCACUAGUGCAACAAGGAGAACUUCAUGUGAAUGCAAACAGUGCUGAUGCAAUUGCUCCUCAGAACAAGUUAUUCAAAUGCCCAUUCUGUAUUAUAACAUUUGAAGAACAAAACCAUUUAGAUAUACAUAUCCGACGCAUGCACAAAGAGAAAUGUGCAAUCUGCAGUCAAGAAUUCCCAUCAAAGAAAGAUCUAAAGGAUCACUACAGRUUAAGUCAUGACGGAAGAACUGUCAUUUGUCCAAUUUGUAACAAGGCCUUUCGAAGAACAGCCUGUUUGAGGAGACACAACUUGGUACACAGUGGRGAAAGAUCAUUUAAAUGUACAAUGUGCGAUAAAGCAUUUAAAGAAAAGAAUGCCUUGAAAGGUCAUCAGAGAACACACACCGGAGAGAAACCAUUUAGUUGUGAUAUGYGUGACCRACGCUUCUCUAGAAAGGAUGGUCUAAAUAACCACCGGCUGUCGCAUAGCGAAGACAAGCCGUACAAAUGCACAAUCUGCGAUAAAGCCUUCACGAAAAAUAUGCUCCUGAAAAAACACCAUCGUUUGGUACACGUUGGAGAUAGACCUUUUAAAUGUUUAAUAUGUGAUAAAGCAUUUAAAGCAAAAUGUGUCUUAAACAAUCACCAGCAAACACACACCGCAGAGAAACCGUUCAGUUGUGAUGUGUGUAAUAAGAGCUUUUCUCGAAAGAGUAAUKUGGAUGCCCACCGUCUGUCGCACAAMGAAGAGAUGCCUUACAAAUGCACGACCUGCAAUAAAGGCUUUACGAAAAGAACCUGUCUAAAGAGGCAUGAUCGUUUGGUACACAUUGGGAAAAGAACAUUCAAAUGCAACUUAUGUGAUAAAGCAUUCAAAGAAAAAAGUGUAUUAAAAGUUCAUCAACGAACGCACACCGCAGAGAAACAUUUUAGGUGUGAUAAAUGUAGCCAAAGCUUUUCUCGAAUAACUAAUCUUAACAUCCACCGUCUGUCACACAACGGAGGAAAACCUUACAAAUGCACAAUCUGUGAUAGAGCUUUUACGCACAGAUCCGGUUUUGAAAUACAUARGAAAACACACGAUGGCGAGAGGAAUUUGCAGCAACAAYCUUCCAAAGGACAAAGUGGUGAUACAAUUAAAGAAAACAAUUGCGAACUUUGUGAUAAAACCUUUGCUUGUGUUAAGCAGUUAAUAGAUCAUUGCCAAGCAGAUCAUGGAGGGAAAAGAUUUCUUUGCACCGUUUGUAACAGAGCGUUUGGACGAAAAACUUUACUUGAAGAUCAYWUGCGCACACAYAGUGAUGAAAGGUYGUUUAAAUGUACAAUUUGCKACAAGACAUUUAAACAAAAGGCGUGUCUACGGUGCCAUCGUAAGGUGCAUAGCGACGUCAAGCAGUAUAGCUGUUCAAUAUGUGAGAAAUCUUUUAACCUAAAAAGGACGUUGAAGAACCAUGAAGCAACACAURAUGAGCCUUUAAGAUGUUCAUUCUGUGGGAAAGGCUUUCCUCUCAAGUAUCGCUUAAUGAAACAUCAACGUCAGAAACACWGUGGAGAGAAGCCAUAUUUUUGUUAUAUCUGUAAAGAAACAUUCGACUCCAAAGUCGAUCUAGAUGAACAUCAUCAAGCGCAUCCUGAGAACGAGACUUUUAAAUGCCUAGUCUGUAAUGAAGCCUUUAGUCAAAGAAAGCUUUUGAUCAAACACCAAGUGGUUCACACCAAAGUGAAGUCKUUUCGUUGUAAAAUCUGUAGAAAAGGUUAUACACAAUGGAAUAUGUUACAAAGGCAUGAAUUGUUACACAAUCAAGAUCUAAUGAGACCGUUUGCAUGUGCCGUAUGCAAAAAAGCAUUCACUCGAAAGGCUCACUUAAGAAGUCAUCGACGAAUCCAUAAUGAAAGGAAACCUUUCAAGUGCACAACAUGCAAUAAAGCCUUCACUCGCAARUCCACAUUAAACAAACAUCAAGAUAUUCACCAUCUAGAAGAAAAUCURCAAGAGCACAGUGAUACCGCAGUGARCACUAGCSYAGAGGGAAACACAGCAUGUAUUGGAGAAGACAAAGAAGGACAAUCACAGAUUCUUGCCAAACAAAGUGAAGGGAGGGAUCUUYAUUGUGCAAUYUGCAAYGAAAACUUCCAAAGUAAGGUUAAAUUCCAAGAUCAUUAUCGAGAAAAUCACGGAGGGAAACGUUUUCUUUGUAMAGUAUGCAAUAAAACCUUUGUCAGGAACUACGAUUUACGAAAUCAUCAGAGAGUCCACAGCGGGGAGAAACCGUUUAAGUGUAAAAUUUGCAAAAAAGCCUUUAAACAACGGGCUGCUGUACGAAAUCACCGUAAAGUUCACAGCACAAAUAAGCCAUUCAAGUGCACACAAUGUGAUCAAGCCUUUAAGCGAAGUAAUCAUCUUAAGAACCAUCUAUUAAUUCAUAGUGGUCUWAAGACAUUUAAAUGUGAAGUUUGCRAUAAGGCCUUUUCAACGAAGGUGCAUCUAAACAGCCACAGUCAAGGUCAUAAAGCUGAGAAACCAUUCACAUGUACCAUCUGUAAUAAAGGGUUUUCCUGGAGCAGUCAUUUUAAGCACCACCAACGAACUGUACACCAUGUAAAAAUUUAGGCUAUACAUUUGUACAAUUGACUUGCUUUAUAUAAACUGUCCUCCAAAGCAUCUAAAGCACGAAAGCAUGUUAGAAUACAAUAUACUGCAUCAGAAGUACUUCUGAUUGUAUACAUAUUAUAGGAAGAUUCCCUUACAAUAGUCAUAACAAAGGUCAAUGAUACAAUACAAAAAAAAAAUUACUUACACUUACUACAUUGAUCACAAUAAAAUAAGUUAAAUGAAUAGCCGACUUGCGAAUUACGCAUCAAUAGUCACAUACAAAGGAAUCAAGA